AUGGGUAAAGUGGCUGUUGGUGCGACGGUCGUGUGCGCUGCGGCGGUCUGCGCGGCGUCUGUGUACAUCGUGCGGCGGCGGAUGCAGAGCUCCGGGAAAUGGGCGCGUGUGAUAGAGAUCCUGAGGGUUCUCGAGGAGGAUUGCGCGACGCCUAUCGCGAAACUGAGACAAGUGGCUGAUGCGAUGACGGUUGAGAUGCACGCGGGUCUCGCUUCCGAAGGUGGAAGCAAGCUUAAGAUGCUUAUCAGCUACGUCGAUAAUCUUCCUUCUGGGGAAGAACAUGGUUUCUUCUAUGCGCUGGACCUAGGAGGAACGAACUUCCGUGUGAUGCGUGUGCUUCUUGGUGGCAAAGAAGGCCGUGUUGUCAAACAAGAAGCCAAAGAAGUCUCUAUUCCUCCUCAUUUGAUGACCAGCGGUUCAGAUGAACUGUUCAAUUUUAUCGCUGAGGCGCUUGCAAAUUUCGUGGCUACAGAAGGAGAGGACUUUCAUCUCCCAGAGGGUAGACAAAGGGAGCUAGGUUUCACUUUCUCGUUUCCGGUUAAGCAGACUUCUUUGUCUUCUGGCACUCUCAUCAAGUGGACCAAAGGCUUCUCCAUCGAAGAUACAGUGGGACAAGAUGUGGUUGGUGAGCUUGUUAAAGCUAUGGAAAGAGUUGGGCUUGACAUGAAUGUCACAGCCCUUGUUAAUGAUACCGUUGGAACACUUGCUGGUGGUAGAUACUAUAACCCUGAUGUGGUUGCCGCUGUUAUCUUAGGCACUGGCACAAACGCAGCUUAUGUGGAACGUGCACAUGCCAUUCCCAAAUGGCACGGCUUACUUCCCAAAUCUGGAGAAAUGGUGAUCAACAUGGAGUGGGGAAACUUCAGGUCAUCACAUCUUCCAUUGACGGAGUACGACCACUUGCUGGAUUUCGAUAGUCUGAAUCCUGGUGAACAGAUUCUUGAGAAAAUCAUUUCGGGUAUGUAUUUGGGAGAGAUCUUGCGUAGAGUACUUCUGAAAAUGGCUGACGAGGCUGCUUUCUUUGGUGACUCUGUCCCACCUAAGCUGAGAAUACCAUUCAUCAUAAGGACACCAGACAUGUCUGCUAUGCACAGCGACACUUCUCCGGAUUUGAAGGUUGUUGGAAGCAAGUUAAAGGACAUAUUGGAGGUCCCUACCACUUCUCUGAAGAUGAGAAAAGUUGUGGUCAGUCUGUGUGACAUCAUAGCUAGCCGCGGAGCUCGUCUAUCAGCUGCAGGGAUCUACGGAAUCCUCAAGAAGCUAGGAAGAGACACACCGAAAGAUGGAGAAACACAGAAAUCUGUGAUAGCCAUGGACGGUGGACUCUUCGAGCACUACACUCAGUUCAGCGAGUGUAUGGAGAGUUCAUUGAAAGAGUUGCUUGGAGAUGAAGCAUCAGGGAGCGUGGAGGUGAUUCAUUCGAAUGAUGGAUCUGGCGUAGGAGCUGCGCUACUUGCUGCUUCGCACUCUCAGUACCUCGAUGACGUCUCUGAAACAAGUUAAGUUAAAGAAGGUUUGGACUUUGGACUUUCAAUGGACUCUUUGUUUGCCUUUAGGGUUUAAACAAAUAAAAGAGCAAAAAAAGGUAAGCCCUUCCUUUUGAGGAAAGUUUUUAUUUUAUUUUUGUUAUCAAAGUACGAGAAGAACAGUAAUAAACCCUGGUUGGUUUCGUGUCCAGGGUAUGGCACAAAUUUCAAGAAUCAGCCAAAAUGUUGUAGAACUAUAUAUUUCUGAGUUCUAUAUAUAAAAAUGAUCAUUAUUCAUCA